AUGUAUCCUCUAGAUAUCCCUUUGACACUAGAUCACUGGGGAUUUCUACUGGGUCUGAUAACUAGGAAGAAAGAGCAUGAACGACACUUACUCGGUUGUCCCUUGCAUUAUGCUGGUGCUUCGUGCGCUGGGUGGCUCAAUGCCACGGUUGAGCCACGCUUCCCCGGACUUAAGAGCCGGUUUCAUUCUUAUCGAUAUACUCCUCUUGAUGAUUUUGUAGCACUAGCUUCAAUACGUUCACAAUUGAGAAAAGCUUCUAUUCCUUCAGCUUCUAUAUACUUGAUUUGUGGUAAGAUAUAUACAGGAAUUCCCGUUUGGCCCUCUAAUGACCAUGGUAUGUAUAUUGAGAAGAUCCACCGUCUCUAA